AUCCGAAGACUCCAUUGGCUCCGUUAUGUCACAUGACAACUGUCUUGGUCACAUGGCAGGGAAAAGAGGACGUUGUCGCCUGAAAGCAGCAUGUUACAGGGCACCGUGCGUUUGUUAUGUCGCUCCCUUAUAGGACUAAGGGCUUGGCGGGUGUAGGCAAUCUCGGGUGGUCUCGUAGUUCCACAGCGGGCAGUCCGUAGCAGGAAUAUUGCAUCCUGCUGCAGACAUACGUCAUUGUUGUGUGUAGAUACAUGGAGCAAACAUGGCAAGUCCAGGGACAGCAGGAAAGGGUCCUUUCUCAUGGCUGCCACAGUAUUUUCCCUGUUUUCUAAACUUCUUGGCAAUAAAGAAGAGGAAGAGAUUACCGAAUCAGAAGAAAGAAUAAUAUAUCUUUUAAAGAAAGCCAAGUUGAGCAUUAUGAAAAGUGAGAUGGAUGAAGCAGAGGAGAUCCUCCAUCAGGCACUUUAUUUGGCCCAGGAGUCAGACAGCAAGAGAGGGAUCAUCUAUACUUAUGACCUGAUGGCCAACUUGGCUUUUCUCAGGGGCCAGCUUGACAAUUCAGAAAAGCUUUUCAAGGCAGCAAUGACCUACAUGCUUGAUGGAGGUGUUAAACAGGAUGAUAACUCUUUCAUUGAGAUAUCACUGAAGUCGGCCUGUAUCUAUGCAGAGCAAAACAAAAAUGAACUGGCUGUGGCCGGAUACCAAUUCUGUAUCCUGAGUCUUAAGGAGAAGAUAGAGAGGGAGGACGGAAUGCUGGAUCUACCAGCAGAGGAAAAGUCCAACACUCGUCUACUCCUGGGUCUCUGUCUGGAUUCGUAUGGACGUUACCUAAUGAGCAUUGCACAAUUUGCAGAAGCACAAGGAAUGUAUGAAAAAGCUCUGCAGAUCUGUAAGGAGGAGCAGGGGGAGCUGCACCCACAGGUGAACAAGGAAAGCAACCAGUGCAAUGCAGAGCCUUCACUAUAUGGCUUCCACAAUGAGGCAUGUGACUAUGUGAGCCAAGCUUUUGAGCUGGCAAAAAAAACAGAUCAUCCUGAUCAACAUGUGGUGCUCAGUAACCUGGCCAUGAUUCUUAUGGAGAAAGGAGCAGAUCACUUAGCUGCAGCAGAAAAGAAUUUGAAGGAAGCUCUGAAGAUUGCUGAGGAGAAAAAGGACUUUGCUUCUAUUAAAUAUACCCAAGAGGAACUGUUUGAACUUGACAGGAGGAAGAAACGCAGUUGA